AUGUCGAUUGUGCUUCCCACGGCGGAGGACCGCUUCGAGUCGUAUACGACUCCCACGUCGCGUCAGACAUUGCGCAUCGCGUUGAACUUGAAACACCUUAUUGAUAAAGUCAUCCCCAUUGCGGUUCCCGACGACUUCAUCACCCAGCAGGGCUCACGCUUGCUCAACGACAACGUUGUGAAGCUUGCGGUCCAGGCGGCAGGUGGUAAGGGCGAUGGUGCGCGCGGCAGUUCCUCGCGCAAGUACCGUUCGUGCAUCAUCUUCUGCUUGUUAAAGGUUUGCGGUUGGUACUGGACGCAGAGUCAGACCGAGCUUCACGAUAGCGAGUUGUACACCUGCCGCGCGACCGCGGCGCAGCAGCUCGCGAAAAUGAUUAUCGAGCUGGAAAAGGAUGAGCGCUACUGUUUCAUCUCCAUGUUGUGUCGCCGCUACACCAUCUGUCUCAACGACGAAGAUGCAGCUCCUCAGAAUGCGUUGGAAUUAGCGGUUGAUAUGCAUUCCACCAUUGUCAUCGGCUCCUCGGGCUACCAGCGAUGCAUAAAGUGGUUGUGGCGCGGGUGGAUCGUACAGUCUGCGCAAGACCCGCAUGCAUAUGUGAUGUACCAGAACGGGGACAAGUCUUCGUUCUGGGUGCACUUCGACCCAGGCCGGAUCAAAACUCCGUUGUACCAGAACAUGUUGGAGAUUUGGUUUUCGUUUUUGUUUUUGGCCUUGUACAGCGUGGUGGUCAAUUCGCGCUAUGACCUCCACGGCUUGGACGCGGGGGAAGUUACUUUUUAUGUGUUUGUUGUGGGUUUCAUUAUGGAUGAGUUUGUCAAGUUCUUCCAUGUGGGGAAGGCUUACUUUGGUUUUUGGAAUGCGUAUAACAGCUUGCUCUACUCGAUUAUUGUCAUUUCCAUGGUUUUUAGAGGCUUAUCCUUGCUUGAGAAUCAACAGAAGGACCACAAUCAUGCCGGGAAGGCCCUGCUCUAUGGUGAGAUCUCGUACCGCGUAUUGAGUACUGCGUCGCCAUUUGUGUUCUGCCGUUUGAUUCUCUACCUCGACGCCAAGCCGUUUGUGGGCGCCAUGAUCGUGGUAGUCAAGCGGAUGAUGACGGAAUCCCUCAUCUUCUUUGCCUUAUUGUUCAUCAUCAUGCUCGGUUUCCUCCAGGGUUUCUUGGGACUCGAUAUCUCUGAUGGGAAGCGCGAGUCGACUGCGUUGAUCAUGACGGUGAUGGUGCGCACCGUGUUGGGUGGAGCUGACUUUGACGCGUUGUCCCAUUUGGCCUCCCCGUACGCCAAUAUCCUCUACCACGUAUACUGUUUUAUCGUCUCGGUCAUCUUAUUGAACAUUCUUGUGGCGUUGUACUCUUCUGCAUAUAGUUUCAUCUAUGACCACGCCACGGAUGAAUACCUUGCACUUGUGGCGCAGAAAACCCUCCGCUACAUCAGGGCCCCAGACGAGAACGUCUUUGUUCCGCCGUUGAACGUGGUGGAAAUGGUCUUUCUUUGUAUUCCACUUGAGCUCUGGAUGAAAGAGCGGAUCUAUUCCAAGGUGAACUAUUAUGUGAUGCUCGUCGUUUACUCGCCAUUACUCACAUACAUCGCCAUUUCGGAAGUCCGUUUGAGCAGACGUGUCCAAUAUAACCGGAUGAAGAACCUCCCGGACGAUGCUAAUGAGGUGGACUUAGAGUGGGACCUUACAGACGGGUUUGAAGACGCCUUUUGGAGCAAUGAAAGCAUCCAGGAGACCCAGGACGCCAUCAGAAGUAGCGUCAGAUUGCAGAGACAUGCCGAGAGAGAGGACCCGGAGUUUUCCAUCAACUUGUCCGAGUGGAACAACCGGGUCGACAAGGUGGCGCCACCGGUGGAGAAGGCGCAGAAGACCAGUGUAGGCUGGGAGUUGUACGAGCUUUACGAGAAGAUCGACGCCUUGACUGACUUGGUCCAGCAGGUGGUGGAGGAGAACCGUAGGUUGCGUGCGGUUCCAACCCUGACCGAGACGAAGUAA